AUGUCCAAACUCAGAAUUCUCAUCUGCGGCGCAGGCAUCGCCGGUAACGCCCUUGCCUUUUGGCUAUCCAAACUCGGCCACAUCAUCACAGUCAUCGAGCGAUACCCUGGUUUACGAGCCACCGGACUCCAGGUCGAUCUCCGCAGCCCUGGCAUUGAAGUCGUCCAACGAAUGGGUCUCGAGAAAGCCUUUCGCAAGGUCACCGUCCCAGAACAAGGUCUACAGCUUGUUGACAGCCGCAACCGGCGAUGGGGGUAUUUCCCUGCUAAUCGAAGUGGGAAGGGAUUGCAGAGCUUUACUACCGACUACGAAAUCAUGAGAGGCGAUCUGUGCCAUCUGCUUCAUGACGCUGUUAAGGAUCGCGUGGAGUAUUUGUUCGGAAUGUAUGUCAUGGAAAUGCAGCAGACGGAUAAUUUUGUCGACGUGGUCUUGUCCGAUGGGAGGAAAGAGCGAUUUGAUCUUGUUGUUGGUGCGGAUGGUCUGGGUUCUCGUAUGAGGACCAUGAUGCUUGGGGGUGGGGAUGAUGAUAGAGAUUCGGUUCACUCGAUUGGGGUCUCUGCUGGGUAUUUCACGAUUGAUAGGGAAUUGGAGAAGGGGGAGGGAUAUGAUGCAACGGUGUAUAUGACUACGCAGGGGCGUGGGAUCAUGAUGCGUCGUCAUAACCCGCACAAGAUUCAGGCGUAUAUGUUCUGCAAGGCGGGGCCUUUUGAGAACUGCAGCAAGGGCGAUGUUGAGCGGGAGAAGCAGGUUUUGGGCCAGGUCUUUCGGGAUGCAGGGUGGAAGUCUGAGGAGAUCAUCAGAGGUAUGGAAGAGGCGGACGAUUUCUAUUGUGAGCGCAUGGGGGUGGUGAAUCUGGAUAGCUGGUCGCGAGGCCGUGUUGUUUUGGUCGGAGAUGCGGCUUAUUGUCCGUCUGCUAUGACAGGAAUGGGCACGCCGUGUGCCAUGGUUGGUGCUUACAUUCUGGCAGGGGAGAUAGGAAACCGUUGUGCGAAGGGGAUUGGUUCCAAGGAGGACAUCGCGGAGGCUUUCAAAACUUAUGAGGACAAGCUCAAGCCCUUCAUGUUGAACGUCCAAAAGGGACUCAUGGACGAUCACGAUUACAUGAGCAGGCUCCCUUCAUCUACUUUGGGGAUCACUGUGGUGUAUAUCCUGUUUGCAAUAGCCUCGUUCUUGAGACUGGACGUCCUCUCGCAAUGGGUGUUGCGCGAAGAUUGCAACAAGGACUGGAAACUGCCAGAGUAUCCGAUCAUGGUCGACAACUGA